CCAAGUCCCACCAAAACGAUCAAUUUGAGCCCCGAGCCAUCUUCCUUCAUACCUUUUGCUUUCUUCUCACAUGUCACCACCAAAAUUAUCAACCAAAAAAGUCUAACCUCACCACCAUUUUUCUACUCAACAACUCAAAUUUGCAGACUUUUCUUCACUUACAUCAGUAGAAUAUCAACAAUUUCUCAAUCGUAUUGCGAGUGUUGAAGCCAGCCAUUGUAAAAGAAUCACAACAGUAAGAGUUUUUUCUUCUUUGAUCCGGAUCUCAGAAGUAUGAGAUCGAAAAGGUUUGAUUUGGGAAUUGUGGAUUGAAAUGCAGUCAAAUUCUUCUCCGCCUUUUCCUUUGAUUCCACUUGUUCUCUUCAAUGGCGGUCAAUUGAGCGAAGGUGGGUUUGAAUUAUCUAGGUUUUUGUUUUUGGGGUCUUUGCUCUUCUCUCAAGGAGGCGACGACGGUAUGGACUUGUCUAAAGUUGGAGAGAAGAUUUUGAGUUCCGUUCGUUCUGCUAGAUCUCUUGGUCUUCUCCCUUCUUCUUCUGAUCGUCCGGAGGUUCCUGAACGAGCUGCAGCUGCUGCUGCACUUGCACGUGUUCUAGCUGGACUACCUCCUCAUCAGAGAUACACUCUUUCAUCAAGCUCGGAAGAACUGAGCUCAAUAUAUGGGAGCAAACCUCCUGAUCAAGUUGUUGAGGAGCUGGAGGAAGAAUUCUAUGAAGAGGAAUUUGAUCCUGUCGGACAUAUUCUGGAGCAUAUGCCAUCUGAAGAGAGUGAAUUAGCUUACUUGGAAGAUCAGGCCACUCUUAGAUUAUCACAGCUGGACAGAAUUUCUGAGCGCUUGUCUCGGCAUGUUAUGGAGCAUCAUGAAGUAAUGGUGAAGGGAAUGGAUCUUGUGAGACAACUAGAAAGAGACUUGAAGAUUGCGAAUGUCAUUUGCAUGAAUGGUCGCCGGUAUUUAACCUCUUCAAGGAAUGAGGUUUCAAGGGAUCUCAUUGUCUCCAACAAUUCUAAAAGAAAACAAGCACUCUUGGAUGUUCUUCCUGUCCUGACUGAGCUACGCCAUGCACUAGACAUGCAAUCAACACUUGAAACUCUUGUCGAGGAAGGAAGAUUCUCAAAGGCAUUCCAAGUACUAUCUGAAUAUUUACAACUUUUGGAUACACUGUCAGAGCUUUCUGCCGCACAAGAGAUGAGCCGUGGUGUUGAGGUUUGGUUAGGGAAAACUCUUCAAAAGCUGGAUUCACUUCUAUUAGGAGUGUGCCAGGAUUUCAAGGAGGAGAACUAUGUAACUGUAGUUGAUGCUUAUGCACUAAUUGGAGAUGUCGCUGGCCUUGCUGAGAAGAUACAAAGUUUCUUUAUGCAGGAGGUUCUAUCUGAAACCCACUCAGCGCUGAAGACUACUGUACAAGAGGAUCUGGAUAACAACAAUGUGAACAGUUCUAGGCUCACGUAUAGUGAUCUGUGCACUCAGAUACCUGAAUCCAAGUUCAGGCAAUGCUUGCUAGCAACAUUAGCUGUACUUUUUAGGUUGAUGUGUUCAUAUCAUGCAAUACAGAGCUUCCAGCCCGAGGAUAAGGAAGAUAUUUCGUCACCAAGCACAGAGAGAGCGCCAACUUUAGCAUCUGUUGAAGACCCACCAACUACUUCUGUUGCUUCAUCCGACACUGCCAUGCACGGUUCAUCCAACAUAAAUUAUAGGGUUGAAGAGGCAAGGGAUGAUGGAAGUACAGCAUCAAGCAGUGGAUCCCCCUGGUUUCAGCUGAGGAAAGAUGCUACGACCUUUGUUUCACAUACAUUACUUAGAGGUCGAAAGAAUCUUUGGCAACUUACAACAAGUCGUGCAGCUGUCUUGCUUUCUUCACCGGCUAUUCAUUCAGCUAGCAUCCAUCAAUUCUUAACAACUUAUGAAGAUUUAAACAUUUUUGUGCUGGCUGGGGAAGCUUUUUGUGGAAGUGAAGCAGUUGAGUUCAGGCAGAAAGUGAAAUCUGUUUGUGAAAGUUAUUUAGCUGCUUUCCAUCGGCAAAAUAUAUAUGCUCUCAAGAUGGUGCUGGAAAGGGAGCAUUGGCUGAUAUUGCCGCCAGAGACGAUCGAAGUAGUAAGCUUCGCUGGGCUUGUCGGUGAUGGAGCAGCUUUGAUAGUUUCAUCUGAGACCUCUCCGAAUACUCGACUGCUGCAAGAACGCAAGCCUGUACAUCCUAUCCAAACUAAAUCCUCUAAGAGAAAUGGAUUUUCAAGUUGGCUUAAGGGUGGAAAUCCAUUUCUGCCAAAACUAAAUGGUAGUUCCAGGGAAAACUUGGAGUCUUGUUUGCCUAAUGGAUCUGCAAUGCAAGAAAGUGGAAACUCCAAUGAAGAUUCUUUGGAUAAGAGUUCUUUGAGAAACAGUGAUGUAAAUCAUGUCAAUGGGAAUACUACUUUAUCAGAAGAUGAAAAUGAAGAUCUUCAUGCUGAUUUUAUUGAUGAAGAUAGCCAACUACCUAGCCGGAUUUCUAAACCUGGUCAUUCAAAAAGUCGUUCUUCACAUUGGAACAAUGAACAAAUAAAAGAGCAAACAGGAUCAUCACUUAGCCUCCUGAGGUCACUGGAUAAAUAUGCAAGGUUGAUGCAGAAGUUAGAGAUUGUUACUGUUGAGUUUUUUAAGGGAUUUUGCCAAUUGUUUGGGAUCUUCUUUCACUUCGUCUUUGAGACCUUUGGUCACCAAAGUAUUCAUCCAAGUGGAAAGGCUGUGACUGACACGCUGUCGCAUAGACUGAAGACUGCAUUAUUACGAAUAACACACGAUUGUGACCAAUGGAUGAAACCCCAGUCUCAAUCAUUUUCUUCCUCUUCUCCCUCAAGCUCAAGUACAUCAUUUUCUCACAUGGAUGUCACUCCUACCAGCCCACCAAGUUACUUAACUGGUGCAUCCCUGGGACUGAAGGAAAGAUGUGCAGGUGCUGACACUAUAUAUGUUGUUGCUCGGGUAUUACAUAGAUCUAAAGCGCAUCUUCAGUCACUGCUUCAGAAUAAUGCAGCACUGGUUGAGGAUUUCUAUGUGCAUUUGGUGGAUGUUGUACCGGACCUUGUUGAUCAUAUUCAUAGAACAACUGCUAGAUUACUUCUCCACAUAAAUGGGUAUAUUGAUCGGAUUGCCAAUGCUAAAUGGGAGGUGAAAGAGCUUGGAGUAGAGCACAAUGGAUAUGUAGAUCUUUUGCUUGGAGAAUUUAAGCAUUAUAAAACAAGGCUUGCUCAUGGAGGAAUUCGGAAGGAGGUCCAAGACCUCCUCUUAGAAUACGGAGUAGAUAAUGUGGCUGAAAUUCUCGUUGAAGGCCUAUCCCGGGUGAAGAGGUGUACUGAUGAAGGACGAGCUCUUAUGUCAUUAGAUCUUCAGGUAUUGAUAAAUGGCUUGAAGCAUUUCAUUUCUGUAGACGUGAGACCUAAACUACAGAUAGUUGAAACAUUCAUCAAGGCCUACUAUCUUCCAGAAACCGAAUUUGUGCACUGGUCACGUGCUCAUCCGGAAUACAGUAAAAGUCAAAUUGUUGGUCUAAUCAACCUAGUCUCUACAAUGAAAGGCUGGAAGAGGAAAACCAGGUUGGAAGUACUGGAAAAGAUUGAGUGAUUUCAUACUCGAGAUACGAGUAAGGGUAUCAAACGGGCGUGUCAUAUUUCCAUGGGCUAACUUUGGCACCCUUAGCUGUGAGUAUCACACAUGUUCAGUUUUGCGCGAUGAUUUCUUCUUCUUUUUUGUUGUGCAAUUGAUGUAAAUCGGGCUGUCACAUUAUGUCCAGAUUGUUGUAACGCGAUUAUUUGAAGGUUGUAAAUUUAUUCUCAUUUAUGUAACUAAUAACAUUGUCCUCUCCAAGGCAUAUAAAGUGUAACCAUGACUUCUGAUAGUAAGGGACUAUCAUUUCGACCA